GCUGCCAUCCUGCUGGGAUCAGCCCAGGAUGGAUUUGGACUUCCCACACCAAAAAGAUUCUGGGCAAACCUUUGCAGCAUUCUGGUUUUGCUUGGCAAUGUGCCCCCGUCCCAUGGGGGUUCUACAGGGCCUCCCCCCACUGAAGGACACGUUCCUGGGGUGCUAAGGGUCUCCAGCUCACCAGGAACACCCCCAAGGUAGCAGCUUUAUGGCUGGGCUGGCUUUUAGGGUGGCUUUUAGGAUGCCAGGCCAUGGGAAUGUGGGAUCUGAGCAGCCCCUCCGUGUCUGCAUUCAGGGGUGGGUUGUGGAUCCUGUUUCCUUCAGGGUAGGGGGAGGAAGGAUGGCGGUGCUGGGGCUGGAGCUCACUUUCCAUGACGUCCUUGUCCACAAACGCAGCCUAAAUGUCAGAGAACAGAGUCUCCUUCAGGCUGUUUGUUUGGGUGCUGUUUGGCAUCCACAAAUAAUAGCCCUAAAAAUAGGUGAGUGACAUUCCUUGCUAAUCUCUGGGGAGGGGGUUUUGUGCAGGGAUGUGAACCAGGUUUAGUUUUUGGAGAUGGGUUUGUCAGGGAAGGGGGAGCUGGAAGAGCCCCUCAGGUGAUGAAUGGCUGGGGUUUGUCCACAGUGACCUGUCCAGGUCCUCGGAUGCCAAAUCCAGCUGCCUCUGCAGACAGCUCAUGCCUGUGGUGCUUGUAGUGCCUCUGGCACUUGCCCUCCAAGUCAGUUCCUAAUUUUACCUCCUUACCCAGCCAGUGACAGCGUGACACAGCAGAGGAGAGGGAAUGACAUCAGCAGACGGAUGGAUCAGUGCAGAGCGGCAGCAGGGAUUUGAUUUUAAUUAAAAAUGAGCGGUGCCAAGGUGAUUCUGCUUUUAAAUUGGUGGAGUGAUCCCUGUCACGAGCUGUGAGGCUGCUCAAGGCUGGGGCUGUCUCUGCACGUGGUGUUUGAGCCCUCCAUUCCUACAAUUCCAAACAUCCUGGUAAUAAACACUGAGCUUCCUGGAAAACGCAGCGCCAGCCCCUGUGUUUGAAAGAGAACACAACUUCUGACACCCCGAGUGCUGUGUGAGGAGGGGAGCUGCUUUUGGCCAUCUAUUUCAACACAAAAGGAGACUUUUUCUACCCAAAAGUCCAGUGGAUGUCUGGAGGCAGCUGGAAUCCCCUCAGCAGGAAUUCUGUGGAUGCUGCAGGACUGACAGUUGUUGGGAUGGGUGGGAGAGGUUGGUUUAUGUUAUUCUGCCAAGAUCCCUGCAUGUGGAGGAUGUUCUGCACAGAGCACAGUGCUUCCAUCAGCUGCUGAGGCUGGAAUUCAGGGAAUGUUUUAGCUGCUCCUGGCUUUGCUCCUCGUGCCAGCCUGGUGUGGGCACAGGCAGGGGCUGGCAAAACUGAAAAUGUGUUUUCAAGACCACGAUGUCACCUGAGCUGGCUCAGCGAGGAGACAACCCCUUCCCCUGAGCUGGGCUUCCAUUGUUCGCCACCAGCUGCUCCACAGCAUCUCCAUCCUCGCUGGCUGUCCUGCAGCCCGUUCCCGUGCCUCUCUCAGAGGGCAGGAGGCAGCUCAGACACGUUUGCCUCCCUCCUGAGCAGCGCUGGACUCCUUCCCAGGCCCCUUGAAGAGGAAGGAAGCUGCAGGUGUUUGCCCUCCCCGGGAGGCUCUGGCUGAGACCUGCCUUGUGAAGCUCUGCCUGGUUUUGUUACCUCCCAGGACAGGGCUGGGCAGGAAACUCAACCUCCCACCCACCUUUUAUCUUCCUGAAAUGAUUUAUUCCCUCCAAGGUGGAGGCUGCAUGACCAACAUCCAGCACUGUGGUUUGGCAUCUUGUAGUGACUUGUGCUCCUUCCCUGCUCACAGGGGCAGGGAAUUUCUGUCUAAACCCAUUCUCUUCCUGAGCUGUGCCUGCUCUGUUUCCUCAUGGAAAACAUGGGGAAAAAACCAUGGGAAGCGUGGGGAAGCAGCCAGGCCUCAAAGCAGAGCAGCUGCCUCCUGCCAGAAGUUUGGAAUUUCUUUCUGUGGUGCCAGUUAUCAGCUGGCUAAACUGGGACACUCUCAGGUAGCAUUCCCCCCUCUUCCUUGAUGAUUAAAUCAAACACAAAAAGCUGCUCCAGAGAGGAUCUAAAACUCGCAGUGGGCUUGGGGCAGGUCAGCCACAGGAGGGUUGAGACCUGCCUUGGUUCUCCUUAGCCGAGAUUCUCUGCGUAACCGCUCCGGUUGCGACACCCGGCCACCUUUGCUGAGCUGGAUCCCAGCCUCGGGCAGAGGCUGACAACGCUCAAAGCCCGGCUUUGUCAGCGAUGAACGCGUCCCUCCGCGCUGGGUGCCGCGGCAGCAGCGUGUGGAGCGGCAGGGAGCAGCACAGGGAGGAUCCCAGCCUGUGUGUGGGGCAGGGCAGGGAUUUCUCCACGCAGGAAUGUGGCCCUGCCAGCCAGCCCUGCCCGUGGGCUCGGCUCCCCCCGGGAAUAUCGAGCUGGUGGAUCGCUGGAAUGGCGCCUGAGGAUGGCCCCGGCCGCUGCUCCCGUGCCCCGCAGGAAAUAGACAGACGGUUGGAAAAGAAGCUGAAGAUCACACAGAAGGAAAGCAGCAGAAAGUCCAAAUCUCCUCCCAAAGUGCCGAUUGUGAUCCAGGACGACAGCCUUCCCGCGGGGCCCCCGCCCCAGAUCCGCAUCCUCAAGCGUCCCACGAGCAACGGCGUCCUCAGCAACCCCAACUCGGCCAGCCGCCCCGCCUUCCCCGUCAAAUCGCUGGCACAGCGCGAGGCCGAGUACGCCGAGGCCAGGAAACGCAUCCUGGGCAGCGCCAGCCCCGAGGAGGAGCAGGAGAAGCCCAUCCUGGACAGACCCCCGCGGAUCUCGCAGCCUGAGGACACCAGGCAGCCCAACAACGUGAUCCGGCAGCCGCUGGGCCCCGAUGGCUCGCAGGGCUUCAAGCAGCGCAGAUAGAGGCGGAGGCGCCGUUCCGCCGGCACGGACACACGGACCCGGGCCAGGGCACGUCCCGGGCUGAUUUGCACUGUGACCCUUUUUUUUGCUCUGCCCACUGUGACCUUGAGCCCCACGCACUGUGAGCUCCCCUCUGCACCCACUGUGAGCGGCGAUCCCGGCAGGGCUGUCCCAGGGGGGACGGAGGGGCCGUGCCGGACCUGGCCGGGCGCGGGGAGUCGUGUGUGUCCCGCUCGGGUCGGAGCGAGCGCCAGCAAUAACGUUUGUUGUACUCCAAACCUGGCAUUUAAGGAUAAAAAAAGAAAAAAAAAAAAAAAAAAAA